GGACUAUAGAAGCUGAGGCUGAGCGGGACAGAGUCCUCAUCCAUCAUGGGAUGCUGCAGUGUGACCCAGAGGCAUACUGGAGUGGACGAGGUGGGCCCCGAUGAGCUCGAGCUGCUGGAGCUCAAUGGAGACAAUUUAGGGGUGUGGAGUCUGGGUGAAACUAGGCUUCAGCUCUUGGUGAGGAAUAGUAGAGAGGAGCAGCCGCCACCGCCGCACUCUUCAGUACGACAAGUGGAACCAGAGGUGAGUGUGGUGCUGUGGGGCAGGAGCAGGGAUGAGCUGCAUCACAGGAUUUACUCCCAGCAGCCAAUAAGGGACUGGGAAGGCCAGCCUGCCCACACCUAUGGAGAGAUCAUCCACUCCUCCCUUGUAGGUGCCCUCAACACCUACACAAAGGAAACCACUGACCGCUUCCUGGUGUUGUUCUCUUUUCACCUUUUGAUACUCUCUCUGGAUCACUCGCGGCAAGACCUUAUUUAUGAGGGCGUCCUGCCACUUUCUGGACUUUCUUUCCAUGUCGUUUCCCAGGACUCCGAUGCGUUGAAUUCACAAUACAUGUUUCAGAUCGGCAGUCCAAUGGUUGAGCCCAAGGUGUUUAAGUGUUCAAGUGCUGCGGAGUUACAGAAGUGGAUGCAGCACAUAGAAGACAGGAGACACAAGUCAAUAUCUCAGCCCACGAGUCCCUCUCAUUGCAUUCUCUCCUACCUAUUACCUUGUGAUGAGCACUGGAAAAGGGAAGAGUUGAAAAAAUACUUGCUACAAGCUCCGAUAUGGCAGUGGGAGGGCUCGCCAAUACAGCACAUGGGUCAGCCAGGAUACAUAUCUAUGGUUCAUAUCAGUAACAGACAGGGACUCCAGCAAAGAGUGAUGGUCCUUUUCCCUCAAGAUGUCCUACUGUUGUCAGUUGACAACAAGCAACUGACCAUAAGAUAUGAGGGCAGGUUGCCGCGACACGGCAUCCGAGCAGUGGAGAGAUCAGCCUGGCCUGGACGGCUGGAGUUUGAGCUUGCAGGUGAGCUGGUGGAGCCCCUGAAGGUCACCUGUACCAGCCUAGAGGAUUAUCAGACCUGGAUGUUCCACUUACAACAGCCAGACAGAAGCAGCCACGUUACUGUGAGUCCCGCUGCGCCUCCAAUCAUGCCAAAGCUGCAAAGGAACAGGAAGGAGUCCCAGGAGCCCAUGUUAAUGGCAGAUCAUUUUCACAUCAAGGGAUGCGGCUGAUGCAUCUGCGCUGUACGUAGACGCGACAUGUACAGUUCUUACAAAACACGUGGAUAGUUUGUACAUAUUCCUUUUGCGCCACAAAAUGAAGAUGCAGAAAAGAAGCUUGAUCUGUUUGUGCAAAAUGGACGCUGACUUGUUGACAAAGGCAAACUGAACAGAAAGAAAUGUUUGACGUAGGAAAAGUAAAGCUGCGCAUACAGAUGUUGUGUACAGAUAUGUAAUAGUUCACUCUUUCAUAAUAAACCCUUUUAAAAUCGAA